AUGGCCCCCCACCCCGAGGGGCUGCGCUGGUACCAGAUCCCCCUCUCCUCCGCCCGCGUACCCCGCUCGGGGCUCUUCAGCUAUGGCUUCCAGGCCGGCCUCCAGCGCUACCAGCAGCUCCGCGCUCUCAAGCACCUCCGGGUGGGCCGCCCCGUCGCCCCGCCGCCCCCCGGCCUGUUGGAACCCUGGCCCCCCGUCCCCCCGCCUGCCGACAGCCCUCCCCGGGCCUCCCACCGCCCACGGGGCUCCGGCAGGGUGCGAGACCCCCGGCGCCCCAAGGAGUCCCCUGGCACCAGGAAACGGGUGAGCAGAGGGCGGCAGCCUCCUGGCCCCGCUCAGCCCCAUGCCAACCGGCGGCAUGCGGCCAGCCAGGGUUCCCCACCAUGCCAGGCGGCACUGGACAGUUCCAGGCAUGUCCCGGUGCUGCCGGAGGCGGCUGUGGGGUCCCUGGGGGGUGAGGCCAACCAUGGGCAGCACACCGCAGCCGGGAUGGUGCCGCAGCAGGCAGGCAGGAGCUUUGGGGGGCACCCGCCGGGCACGGUGAGGGGGCCGGUGUCCCCCACAGACAGCGAGGACGAUGACCUGAUCCCGCUGAAGGACAUGCUGCUGGCGGGGGACGAGCCCCCGAGCCCUGUGGACCACCGGCAGGUUGCGUGCCCACGGCCAGAUCCGCUUGCCAACAGCCUGGAUUCACUGGUCCGGGAGAAGAAGGAGCAGAGCCAGGCAGCCACGCUGCAGGCCGACCCGGCGUGGGUGCACGUGGACGACGCCAGUCCCUGGGAGUCCCCGGACGAGGACACCCAGCUGCCCGAGGAGCACAGGGAUCUCCUGGCCCGCUUCACCGUGAAACCCAAAUUCAUCCCUGCCGUCCACCCCGGCGAGCCCAUCUUCUGCGCCCGUCCGGCGCCGGCGCCCACCCUGGACACCCGUGGGCUGGAGCCUCAGAGCGCGUUGGAAGGGUUCUUCCUCUGCGACUCGCCUGCCUGCCAGGCAGCUUUCGUCCGUAACGGGGGCCUCAGCCUGCUCUACCGCUGCGUGCCCACUUGCCCGCUGCCCGUCCUGCGUUGGCUUUUCCAGCUGAUGUCCCUCUGCCCGGACACGACCAACGCUUCCCAGGCGCUGUGGGAGAUCUGGCUGAGCAUCGGGGGCGAGCCCUGGUGCCCCACGGUGCAGGAGAUCAGCCAAGCUUUCGUCUGCCUCGGCGCUGACCUGAGCCCCCUGUGCCGCCGGCGUCUGCUGCCCGCCGAGCUGUGCCCCGCAGACAGGAGCCUGGAUCCGUCCCGCUCCCCGAGACAGACGAGCCCUGAUGCCACCAGCACGCUGGCCCUGGUGACGCAGCUCGGUGACAUCUGCAAGUUCCUGGCGCUGUGCGUGGUCACCCAGCCGUGCCGUUACGCCGACGGUGCCCGCCUGACGCUCGUCACCCUCCUCUCCUUCCUCGGCCUCGACCGGGUGCUGCGCUGCCAGCCCCUGCCCGAACUGCAGCACCUCCUGCACUGCCUGCUGGAGGGCAUCCGGGACUGGCAGGAGCAGCUGCCUGCCCUCUGCCUGUCCCUCUGCCAGCUUUCUCGCCACCACCACAACCUGGUUGCCCUCGCGCGGCUGCUGCCGGACCUCACGAGCAGGGGCAGGGAGCUUCGCCGGCACCUGAGCCUUCAUGCCAUGGUCCGGCUACUGAGGGAGCCUCCGGGCACCGUGCCACACCCCGGGGCGCACGCAGAGCUGCAGGCGCUGGGCCGGCUCCUGGUACUGGCGCAGCCGGACACCCUGCGACGCCUGGUGCUCGCCAGGGGCCUGGACGAGCCGGAGGACGCUGACCAGGAGUCUUGCUACCUGAGCUCCAGCCUCCUCCUCCUCGCCAGCAACGUGGUGGGCACCGAGCACCCACCGGCCGAGCAGCGGGGCCACCUGGAGCGGCUCUGCGCCCAGCUGGACCGGCACUUCGGGAGGGGGCUGCGCGAGGGCCCCCGGCUCCUCUUCCGCACCCAGCUCAAGGGCCUGGCCACCCUCCUCUACGUCAAGUGGCAGGAGAUGUUGGCGUAG